UAAACGCCCGUUGUCUUGCCUCUGCUUGGUGCUCGUUGUCUUUCGCCCGCCGCUGCGUCUUUCUUCCUCAACCUCAACCUCGACCUCGACCUCGUCUCUGGAGUCUUCGUCUUCUCCCAAAAGUUUGUUUGCACUGCCAAUCCAAUUUCUUCAAUUAGCCCGAAGUCGGUAAAAUUGAAUAUCGCGACACAGCCCGCGCGCUACCACUUUGCACUGAAGACAGCAGGGUCUGGGUAAGGACGGCGCUUGCCCUUGCCCUAGGCUAGAAACAUUCAAAUAAUGGCUUGGUGGGAAGGCGCUAAUGAAACUCGUGUUCUUAUUGCACAAGUUUAUAAGUUUUGAUUGCAGAUUCUUCUCGCAGUGGAAAGCAUGCUGGUGAAUUUUUGUCACUUCGGCAUCCCAAAACAGGGAAUACAAUGUGCUACCUGCAUAAUGAUGGAAUUCUGCAAGAGUUUCACUGGUUUAAGCAAUCUUAUGGCUCAUGGUUCCUUGGGGAUUAUGUGUGUGAAGACGGUAGGUUGUAUGCUGCCACUCCAGUUGAUCCUGUUUUCAUUCUAUUGCCGAUCUUUGAUGAAGCUCGAAUGAAGAAAGGCGAUGAUCCUGGAAAAUUUAGGCAGGUAGAUGACAUAAUGUUCGUUCAGGGGUACCCAGGUUAUCAGUCUUUAUUAUCCACUGCCAAUAAGGCUAUGCAAGUUGUUUGCGAUGUUAAAGAUGUCGGCCCCACCAAGUUUUUUAGGCUCAAUGACUUGAAGGUACUCAAGUGGCUAUGCUAUAAGGUACACCAGUUGACGCAGACAUUGCCAACAUUGGAUAAGAAUUAUGCCGCCCAAAAUAAGAAAGAUACGUUAUUUGAGGCAGCAUCAAUUGUGGGAGAGUACCUGAAGGAUGAACCUUGGAUGAAUCUCUUGUGUGACAAAUUAAAAUUAAAAGUUCCUGAAUAUACAAUACCGAAGGAAGUUGAGAUGCUUCCACCUUCCACCGAAGACUCUCCUUCAUCAUUUAAUCCUAUCCAGGGGCCUAACAGCAUCAACAAGAAAACUACCCGGACAACGAGGCAAACCAAAAAACUCAAAGUAGAAAAUGAUUCCCAGAAUAUCAAAGACAUGUUCAGCAGGGCUUCUAGGCAGCGCCGAUAAGAAGUCAGCUGUGGGAGUAGAAAGCGCAGGCAGGCAGGCCGGGAAACUCUUCUAUACAGGCAAGUCUCAUACAACUGGAUCAUCUAUUUUCUCCAUGGAUCAACCAUAGAACAUCAUAUAGCACCUUACAAUUAAGGAGUGUUUGUUCCAUUGGCCAAUAACAUUCCAACUGAGUAGUAAUUCAAUAUGAAUGCCUGUUUUAGUGCACACUAUAUAUCUGAUAUUUUAUCAUCAGUUUGGAAAAUCCAAAACCCAUUACAUGAA